CCGAACGAGAUGUGUGUUUUAACUUGGAUACUACUGGCGCUAUUACUGGACUAAUACCUGGUAUAUCGCAUGUUUCUCAAUGACGCCACUUAUAAGUGGAAAACCCUGCAGCAGACAAAUCGUCAUAAAGGCACAUUUCCUAAAAGGCACCUUGCCAGUUGCAUGUCCAACCGACAAGAGAGACACAUCUUCUAUUUCGCUACCUUCACAGAAAAUGCUUAAGAUACAGCUGUAUUUGUCGAAUUUUGAACGAUACAACCAUAUGUUUAAUAUAGGGGACAGUCAUUCCAAUAAUGGUCAUGGUGGAGACUCAGGUCACCAAAGUUAUGAUUCAGAGAUUCAUGGACGUUAUCCACACAUAGGAGUUUAUGGAAAUGACCAUUGUUUUGGUCUAUCGAGCAUUCAUCUGUAUACUUUAUUUAAGCCAGCAAGCCUUAUAAAUGUGUGGGUCAGUAACGGCUUCGUCAAGAUGUCCAGUGACAACGGAUUACUUUUCUCCAACUGUUCAUCAUGUUUGUUUGGUCUCAGUGGUCAAUUGGAUGCGGAAGGAAUCGAAAAUGAGGACAUUUUCAUUUCUGCAAAUAGAGUGAUAAACACGUAUAUUGGUGGGAGAGUAGGAUAUGGAAUCUGUUUCAUGAAACUGCGUUGGGUGUCUGGGCCAAAUGAAUAAAUUUGCGGUUACCGUUAUUCAUGUAUAAAACGAAUCAAGAGAGAAAUGACUAUUAUA